AUGGAUCUUUCGAACAAUUACAUCGGAUCAUUCACUUAUAAAAGUAGUGGUCGAGGUCAUGCUUCUGAUUUAUCAAAUGAUCCAAAGCUUAAUUUUGUUGUUGCAACGAGUCAACAACGUCUGUUGAAAGGUAUCAGUGGUAUGGUAUGGCAAGGAAAGUCGUCACAGGUUAUCCUGUGGAAAAAGAGCAAUGUCAACGACGAAUUUAGAAAGGCAAAGACGAAAACAGUUGGAGUGAUGAUCCAUGUGAAAUCUGCAUGCUAUGCUAAUCAAACACUUUCUUCGUUCAAUCUGUCGUCUACUAAAUCAAUCAUCGAUGAUUUAAAUUUAGUACAACAAAGAUUUGUGAACCAACUUCCUCUCAUCAUCACUGUUCUCGGUCUCAUUGGAUUUAUUGGCAAUCUCUUCACAUUUCUUCAACCAAAACUUCGAAACAACUCAUUCUGCAUCUACACACUCACAGCUUCGUUCGCUGAUAUCAUCAAUCUAUUCGUCAACCUUUUCCCGCAAUAUCUUGAUCCAACGUCAGGAAAUCUUCUUUCGAAUAUUUCGGAUCGUUUCACAUGUAAACUGAAACUCUUUCUUUUGGGAUUCUUUCCGCAGUUACCCUUAGAUUUGUUGAUAAUGUCUCUGAUUGACCGGUAUGCCUGUACCUUUGGUCCAACCUCUCGAAUAUCUCGACUACUACGGUUAAAAACGGUACCAUGGAUGAUUUUCAUCACUAUCAUCAUUACUGGUAUCAUAUCGUUGUUUUCUCCGCUGCUGUACGAUGUCAUUCCUGGUUAUGGAUGCACUUCGACGCAUCCAACAAUAAGUGCUGUAGGUUAUAUAACCAUAAAUGGAAUAAUAACUCCAAUGAUAAUGUUAAUACUUUUACUUCUCACUUAUCGAAACUUUCUACGACGCCGACAACGAGUUGUGAGUACAUCAGUUGAUGUUGUUGAUCCAUUGUCAUCUAUGUGUUUAUUGUAG